UAGGGGGUGUUGGUGUGUGUUUCUCUGUCUGCGUGAGAGCUUUAUCACAAAUCAGAGUGUCGGCGUCUGUAGAAGCUUACAGGGCAAGAGUUCACCGGUUUGUCCAACUCGUUCUCGGAGUCUUGAGGAUAGCGGACGGACUUCACAGGCAACAAAAAAGCCCCAAAACACACGUGAUCGGCAAAGGAGUCGCUGCAGUCCACGACUUAACUCAUGGAUAGAAGUUAAGCCCGCAGAGGACGGCGGAUAAGUCUGGCUGACGUUAAUAGCGACUGCUGUUAUUGACUUUGACGACAGCAGCGACGAUGCCUGUUUGACACGGAGGGGGGAAGCUUUCUGCUUUCAGGUGAUUGAGAAAGGGAAGGGCCUGAAACAUGAUGUCCAUUGGAACUGAUAGCUGACACCGUAGAAUGAGAGAGGAUGGAGCAGACAGGCAACCCUGCCCUUGAGAGCAACAACCCUAAUGGGUUUGUCAACCGAGUGUUUAAUGUUUCUCUGGAUGUGGAGAAUGAGACCAGCAGUGUUUAUAUUCAGGAGACUGGAACAGGGCCUGCAGAGGGGCAGGGAGAGACCCAGGCUGCCUCUUCUCAGACCCCUGUCAAGGACAGACAGGAGGUCAACAGGAGGCCUCGUGCCACAGGGGGCAUCUGGAGGAUCCUGAACCGAAAGCGAGCUGUCUCAGAGCUGGAGAGGAGACCCCACUCCAUGAUUUUGCCAGGGGAGGCUUCCAUCCCGAAACUCUCAUUCGCUGACAAAGUUCGAUCCUUCAAGAAGCUUAAAUCCCCGGCUGUAUUCAGAGGGAAGGCAGGGAAAUUGUCCACUGCAAAGUUUACCAGCUCUUUGGUGGAUGAGGAGUCUUUCUGCCGCGAUAUUGGCACACCUCAGCAGCCCAGUGGUGGCACGCUUAGACAGCGUGGCCAGAGGCAUUCAUAUGCUGGCUAUACAGCACAGUUUGACUGUUUGUUUGAAGACAUUGACCUCUCAACUUCUAUGGAUGGCCAUCAAUCCACUAUAACGGGCGAGGCUGUGACUCAGAAUGGCUGCAAACCAUCUGAAAAAGUUCCUUAUACUAAAAGAAGCCACAACAAUUCAGCCAACUGCAACAAAACUGCUGCAGCUUGUGAAGAACUAAGCACUAGAGAUAGCCCGAGGACCCACCGGAGUGGAGGAAGGAGGCACAAAGAUGUGUGGAGUUACCUGAGGAGGAUUUCCCUUUUGGGGAAGACCAAUCCUGUGUAUUCAGAGAGGAGCUUUGACUCUGAGCUUCCCUCACUGGACAAAACAAUAGACUCAGACUAUGGCUCUGUGGACUUUGAGAGUGUCAGAGACUUUCAGCCACCUCCCCCAAAACAGUCGGACACCAAGGGGCACUUUGGUGGUCUCUUCAAAUUUUUCAACAACUUUGCAGAGACAGCUAGACGAUGGCGAACAACAUCACGCUCCUUCUCUCCUCCGGAGGGGGAGAAGACUCCGAUGAGCUCCCCACGGGCUCCACAGCGCGCAGUGGACAAUGUUCACAGUGUGUCUCUGACACUUCACAAUGAAGGACUUCCAACAUCCCAGCCUACCCCUUCAUCACCAGUGACUAGUAAAUUCUUACACUCCAAUAGCUUUAAUGGUGACACUCCAGCACCUGUGACAGGUGGACGAUCACCUCCAGUGGUCCUUAAAGCCUUUAGGCCCUGCUCAGGACCUCAGGCUGUCAAUGGCCUUCAGAGUUUUGAAGUUACAGACAAACCUGCUGACAGAGAGACAAACCUCCGGUCCAAGGCCAUAGUAGAAAAUCAUGUCCCUCAUUUAGGCUUAAACACGGAGGCUGAAAGUGAAGCAGAAGUUGAAAGGGACCAAUCAGAUUCUCUCUGUCAAGAGGAAAAUGUAGCGGGACAGACAGGAAAUGAGCAGGAUUCCCAAGAUGCUCCGCUUGACUCCCACCAGAUACAGGAAGUGAAUGUCCAAUCACAACAAGGUGAUAAAGAGAGCACAACCAAUAGCGUACCAGCAUCAGAUUCCACAGAGGAAAUAUUUAAGCUGUGUGAGCAGAUUGCCAGCCAGACAGGCUGCAGUGUAAGACAGCCUGGCCCGGCCUUGCCCCACUCGAGCACAGAGAAGACCUCUGUACCUCAGAAGCGCUUGCGCCCUCGUCCUCGCCCGGCAUCAGCUGUCCUGGACCUUUGGAGACCCAACCCGGACCGAGAUCUCGACAGCCAUUACAGUGAGGUCGGCUCACUUUCCCGAAGGAGACGCAGGCCUGCUACCACAGUGCAACACUCUCUGGGGCAGAGAGGGAUGACUUCCCGCGCCAGGCCUUGCUCUGUCAUAGAAACCAGUGUUACUAGGGAGACGCAGUCCACGGAACUGCAUCACAGAGCCUUGUCUCGCCCCCCGGGUGUGUCACCGUUAGAGCCCCCACACAGGGCGUCUCUCCAGCGGUGUCGCUCCCUGCCUCUCCCCCCCAGCACUCUCACUGCAUUGGCCCUGCUCCUGCCACAGUCAGCAGACAUGGGGCAGUCCUCAUCUUCAGUGCGCCUGCGGUCUGGAGGUUCUGGUAGCUGCAGGAGGAGGAGGCUGUUAAGACCUGGGUCAGAACCGCUACAGGUCAACAUAUUGAUAAGUGGAGGUUCAAUCGUCAACGCUGAGGCGGUAUGGGACCAUGUGACCAUGGCGGACCGGGAGUUGGCGUUUAAGGCCGGUGACGUCAUCAAGGUGCUGGACGCCUCCAACAAGGACUGGUGGUGGGGCCAGAUUGAUGAGGAGGAAGGAUGGUUCCCUGCCAGCUUUGUACGGGUGGAACCCCACCCUCCUCAGCCCCAAACAAAACAGGUUUUCUAUAUCAACCCCAUAGCAACUCCACGGUUCCAAAACACCACGUCAAAGCUGUGGGUGAACCAGGAAGACGGUGGAGCAGAGCCAGCUGAAGGAACCAGCGAGGUACAGAACGGGCACCUGGAUCCAACCAAUGACUGCUUAUGUCUGGGCUCACCCCUCCAAAACCGAGACCAGAUGAGGGCUAACGUUAUAAAUGAGAUUAUGAGCACAGAGAGACAUUAUAUCAAACACCUCAAGGACAUCUGUGAGGGCUACUUGCGCCAGUGCAGGAAGCGCGUGGACAUGUUUAACGACGACCAGUUGAAGGUCAUCUUUGGAAACAUCGAGGACAUCUACCGCUUUCAGAUGGGUUUUGUCAGAGAUUUGGAGAAACAGUACAACACAGAGGAGCCGCACCUCUCUGAAAUCGGGCCGUGCUUUUUAGAACACCAAGACGGUUUCUGGAUUUAUUCAGAAUACUGUAACAACCACUUGGAUGCCUGUAUGGAGCUGAGCAAACUGAUGAGGGAUGGCAGGUACCAGCACUUCUUCGAAGCCUGUCGCCUCCUCCAGCAAAUGAUUGACAUCGCCAUAGAUGGCUUCUUGCUCACGCCCGUCCAGAAAAUCUGCAAAUAUCCACUCCAGUUGGCCGAGCUUCUUAAAUACACCGCACAGGAGCACAGUGACUAUCGAUACGUGGCAGCAGCGCUGGCAGUAAUGCGGAACGUCACCCAGCAAAUCAACGAGAGGAAGAGACGGCUGGAGAAUAUUGACAAGAUCGCCCAGUGGCAAGCCUCGGUUCUGGACUGGGAGGGGGAUGAUAUAUUGGACAGGAGCUCAGAGCUCAUCUACACUGGGGAGUUGUCAUGGAUCUAUCAGCCGUAUGGACGCAGCCAGCAGCGAGUCUUCUUCCUCUUUGAUCACCAGCUGGUCCUCUGUAAGAAGGAUCUGAUACGCCGGGACAUCCUGUACUAUAAGGGCCGCAUUGACAUGGAUCGCUACGAGGUGCGGGACACUAUAGACGGGCGUGACGAAGACUUCAACGUUAGUGUGAAGAAUGCCUUUAAAUUGUGCAACAAAGACAGCGAGGAGAUCCACAUCUUCCUGGCCAAGAAGCCAGAGGAGAAGAUCCGCUGGCUCAGGGCCUUCGCCGAGGAGAGGAAGAUGGUGCAGGAGGAUGAGAAAAUUGGUUUUGAGAUCUCUGAGUACCAGAAGCGACAGGCAGCCAUGACAGUGAGAAAAGUGACCAAACAGAAAGAUUCAUUUAUAGAUUUCAUCUUGAGAAAGAGGGCCAUGUUGUAUGGACAUGGUUUGAAAAUGAUAAAGGUAUAUGCAUUAGAGUUCUCCUUAGAGCUAGCACAAUAAGAUGCCAUGGCAACUGCUAAGCAGCAUUGGGAGGUGUUGUGUCUAACGUUGGCAUUGGAGCAUGCGGUCACUGUCCAAUCUGUUUACAAGCAUUAUGCUGUCUAUAAACAGAUAAACAGGUUCCACUAACACAAAGAGAUCGAACCCUUCUAACUGCUAAAACAGCGUCUGGCCAAAAACAAAAGACACUGUUUCUCAUCUUCUCAUAUUCUUUUCCUAAGAUGCCAUGGCAACUUUUGAAUAUUUCAUCUCCAAAUAUUGAUUGUAUUUAAUAAUGACAGUAGCAUAGUUGUGAUGCUUGUAGACUGUAGCUCGACGACAUUGUAGACUGUAGUUAAAUGCAUAUUAACAGCUUUCUGUUGGCUCUAUUUUCGCCACUCUUGUGUUCUCAAGUGUCGAGGGUGCUAUUCAAACAAACGUGCUGUUAACAAACAUGGUGGAACAGCGCCCCUUUGUCCAAAUGCUCGAUUUCAUCGGCGUAUCAGUUGUAAUCUGCUGCUUCUCUUGUUUGCCCGCCACAGAGUUUGAUUGAAUAGCAUCCUUAGUCUCCCUUGUGUCAUUGCUAGAGCUGAAUCUCCCAAUUCAGCUUUCAUCAUAUAUUCAUCAUAUUUUCGGGAUUAAUAUGCAGGAAUGUUAACAGUGAAGGCCCAUUUUGUAUGUCUAUGUGCCUGUUUUUGUGGAAGCAUGACUUGAUGUUGUGUUGUUGUGCCUGUUCCAGAUGCAGUACUGAUAACGUUUCCUCUUUGCUAUCUGCCUCCCUCCUUCUUCUUUUUUUCUCUUUUGCUUUGUGCCCUGCACUGCCUCCUUGUCCCCUCUCCUUCCCCCACAAAACCUUCUUGCUCUUUUUUUGUUUUGUUUUUUGGCGCCUGC